ACUGAAAAAAAAUAAAAACUCAUUUUAAAGAGUCGCGUAGGCGCUCAUACAAAUUCAAAUCAGCACCACCGUGUCACCGCCGCGGCAACCGCCGUUGAUUCGAUUUCGAAAUGGCGAACGUUGAUGAACUCUUAUCUUCCUCAUUCUCAGAUAUUAACUCAUACACCGGCAAAGACCCUCUUCUCCCUUGGCUCCGAGGAAUCAAAAAGAUGAAAGACACUCUUCCCUCAAAAACCCUCAAGGAAAAACUACCCGAGUUCUUGCAACAAUGCGCCAAAACAUUCGAGCUCGAUCGACGUUACAGAAACGAUUUACGUUAUCUUCGUGUUUGGCUCCACUUGAUGGAUUUUGUUGAUGACCCGAGUGCCUUGUUGAGAACCAUGGAGGUUAAUCAAAUUGGAACUAAACGGUGUCAAUUUUAUCAAGCAUAUGCUCUUUACUACGAGAAGAGUAAGAAUUAUGAUGAGGCAGAGAAAAUGUAUCAUAUGGGAGUUAAGAACCUAGCAGAGCCUGUGGAUGAACUGCAGAAAUCUUAUGAACAAUUUCUUCAACGCAUGAAGCGCAAGAAGAAAAUUCAGGAAAUGAAAGCUGCUGAUAGACGCGUAAAGGCUAAAAAUGAUGAGAGCAAGAAACUUCGCGGUGAUCAUACAGUUGUAAUCAACAAGUUUGUUGACACUGCCAUGGAUGGAAAGUCUGAAGCAGAAAAUGCAUGCCAUCAUGGACUGGUAGAUCCUACAAUAAAUAUGAAGGAGGCCAUGAAUGCCAUUAACAGCAUGUUCAGUGAGCCAUUAGAGACUGUUCCUUUGGGCAAGAAAUUACAUAAGAACAAUUCAAAAGAAAAUUGCAGUUCAAUGAACUUUGAAGUUUUUGUUGAUGAAAAUUUGGAUAAAGAAAAUAAACCAAGCGGUUCCGCAUCACUUCAGCACAGGAAUGAAGGUGGCAAACCUCAACAAGAAUCACUCCAGAUACAUAUUGAUGAUGAAGGACAUUCAGAAGGUUCUACUUCAUCAGUUUCAAAAGUAAAUGGCUUUGUUUUUCCCCGACCUAAGGAUGUUCCUUCUGAGAAAUCUAGGGAUAUGGAUGCACAAAAAUCUCAUAAUUCAAAGUUCAGAGAAGAUACAGUUGUUCGUAGAUUUGUUGGUUCUGCCAUUUUGGAUGAACCAAAGGUGGAAAAUGCUUGUCACCACGGUUUAGUAGACCCCACAAUCAACAUGAAGGAAGCAAUGGAUGACAUAAACAACAUGUUUGGGAAGCCAAUAGACUUUGUUAGAAAGAAAAGGUCACUGAAGCAAGAGAAUGCACCGGAGAACAAUAGUGGAAAGGAAUUCGGUGGGUUUUCAAUCCUUGCCGAUGAUGAUGAUGACCUCAAACAGAAACAAGGAGGUAAGCCAAUAGAUUUUGUUCGGAAAAAAAGAUUAAUGAAGCAGGAGAAAGCACCGGGGAACAACAGUGGAAAGGAACUCAGUGGGUUUUCGAUACUUGCGGAUGAUGACCUCGAGCAGAAACAACGUCCUCCACUACCAAAAUCGCGAGGAAAGUCAAAGGAAUCAGAUUUAUUUGAGCCAACUCUCCACACAAAGGAAGCCAUGGAUGACAUUAACAUGAUGUUUAAUAUGCCUCUGGAUUUUUAGGAACAGUGUUUUUGUGGAUGAAUAUCCGCACGUUUCUUCCUUUGGAACUAGUUUGAGGUUUGUACCAAUUCAUCCACUUUUAGGUGGAUUAGUUUUUCACAAGGUUCUAUCUAGAGACCUCACUUGAGAAUACCUUGUACACAUUUGGGCAUUGCAUACCUAGUGUAGUGCCAUUAAGCUAACCCAUUAGGGUAGGAACAAAGUGUUUGCUGAGUGCCAGUUCUAAUUCGAAGCAGAAUUGUCUUGAUUUUGUGUGGCAUAAUAGAGUGUGAAGUUUCAUUUCAUUACUCUUGUUUUCUUUUUUAAUAAAAGAACCUUAUGACUUUUAUAAA